CUUUUCACAACGGCGGGUUUAUGUCAAUCUUGUCCAUGUUGGCGGCCAUUCAGACGAAGUUUUAAAAAACAAUUUGCAGGGCGAUAUGUCUCUAGAGCUGGAAUUCCAUUAAUUGACGAUCCACGAAAAUUCCUGAUGGUGCUACUGCAGAAGAUAGGAUAUAUGGAAAAUGAUGGUUCUUACAAAGAACUUGAGCCUGAAAUCACUGAUGAUAAUGAUGAUAAUGCUAAUAACAUAAAUUCAUUGAACGAAGUUUAA